GCUCGGCGCAGGCGACGCAUAGGCGGCAUAUAUUGCGGUACUUUGUCUUGCAAAUGCGCAAAUAAGCAUAGUAACAGGAUAGAGAUACUGUUACUGAGUGAGGUCCGAUCGUAUUCCGCGAACUAAGAAAGAACACAACUGUUAUGGAACCGUUAUGUGUUUUAAGUAUGAAAGGAAUGCGUGGUCAUUGAGUGCUGUGCUCGCUCAAGUAGAGUUUAGUUGAGAAAGCGGCAUUGAGACGAUCGGAACUCACUGUGCUUCUUUAAAAUAAAAAUAAAUUACUAAAAGUAAAGUAAAGUGAAGUAAAAGUAAAGUGAAGUAAAGUAAAGUGAAGUGAAGUGAAAUAAAAUAAAGAUGAAUUCAAAUGAGUCUCCUACAUCAGAAGUGGGAUCGCCUGAGCCUACAGUUCAAGAUCCGGGCCAAAUCCUCGCAGCUCUUGAAGCACAGAAUCGAAAUCUAAUGGACAUGAUUAAGUCCAUGCAGACUCCAAUGCCGGUAGCAGACGCAAGGCCUGUCCACGUUGCUUUGCCGAAGUUUAAUCCCGAUUGUGCUGGAGCGGACGCCUCUGCAUGGUGCACAACGGUCGACCUGAUAUUUGCUGAAAAUACUCUGGAAGGUGGCGCACUUGUGAUAGCAUUAAGCAAGGCGCUAGACGGCAGCGCAUCACAAUGGUUGUCCCAAAUAUGUUUCGCAGGGAUAACCUGGACACAGUUUAAGGAGCUAUUUAUUCAACGCUUUGUGGGAGUGGAGACAACUACAGCGAUUCUACUUAAUAUUUUGAAUGGUCGUCCAAAAUCUGGAGAGGGAUUCGCAGAAUACGGCAGUCGAAUUGUUACAUCACUCAUGUCCAAGUGGAAAGCUAAAGACUUGGAAGAAAUCGCUGUGUCGGUAGCAUUGGGACACAUGGCGCAAAUCGACAAUAGUUUGUUGCGAUGGGUAUAUACGACCAACGUAAGAAGCCGCAAUGAGCUACAACAACAACUGCAGCCCCACGCUUUUAAGAAGCGUAAUAAGGAAGAGGAUUUAUACUCAACCGGCCCAGAGCGGAAGAAGUUUAAGUUUCAAGUGAAAUGUCAUCAUUGUGGAAAAAUUGGCCAUAAAAUUGCCGAAUGCCGUAGUCGACUUGAAAGAGGACAGAAGACAAAAGGAAACAAUCAGAACGGGAGCAGCUAUGCUGGAGUGAAAGAUCGGUCCAAUAUACGAUGUUUCAAGUGUAACGAAAUAGAACAUUACGCUACUUCAUGUCUUAAAAUCCGGACCAGUGGGAACGAGAAGGGCUAUGAGAAACGAGUGGACAUUUGCACUGUGGCCCCGCCAAGGGGUAUAAUAAAUUUAUCAGGUGAGUCCGUUCCAUUUUGCUCCGGCGCUGAAUGUUCAUUAGUCAAGGAAAGUGUUGCAGAUAAAUUUAAGGGAAAGCGAUUUAAUAAUAUUGUAAAAUUAAAUGGUAUAAGUAACGACUCCAUCUGUAGUACAUUGCAAAUACUUACUAAUAUAAAUAUUGAACAGUAUUGCCUAGAGACUUUAUUACACGUUGUAAUGGAUAAAUAUUUGAUAUAUGACGUAUCGAUAGGCCGCGAAAUAUUAAGUCAGGGCUUUAGUGUAACAAUAGAUGCUGAAAAGUUCAGUAUUUACAAAACAAAAAGAGUUGAUGUCGUAACUUUUGUGAAUUAUGAAAAUGUUGUAGAUUCCGAUGACGACCUGAGUAAGUCAGAUAAAACGGUUUUAAAGGGCAUUCUGAAACGAUAUUCUGAUUGGUUUAUAGAAGGAAUACCACAGACUCGUGUAACAACAGGGCAUUUGGAAAUUGAGCGUACCGCUUUCGUUACGACCGAAGGUCAAUAUGAAUUUCUGACUAUGCCUUUUGGUUUAAAAAAUGCUCCGUCUGUGUUUCAGCGCGCUAUAAUCAAGGCAUUGGGUAAUAUUGCAUACACAUAUGCCAUCGUGUACAUCGAUGAUGUUUUGAUUGUGGCCGAAACGAAAGAUGAAGCUUUAGAUAGAUUGCAGAUUGUGCUGGAAACUUUGAGCAAAGCCGGAUUUUCAUUCAAUAUAACAAAGUGUUCCUUUCUUAAAACUAGGAUAGAAUAUCUAGGAUUUGAGGUGAGCAAUGGACAAAUUCGACCUAAUCCACGUAAAAUUCAAGCGUUGACAGAAUUGCCACCUCCAAAAACGGUAACGCAAUUGAGACAAUUUAUAGGGCUAGCUUCUUAUUUUCGGCAGUUUGUGCCAAAAUUUUCAGAGAUUUUAAAACCUUUGUAUUCACUCACCUCAAAGAAAAAUUCCAAUUUCGUUUGGUUGUUAGAGCAUGAAAGAAUUCGCUCAAAGAUAAUAUCUGUUUUAACACAGGAGCCGGUGCUAACUAUAUUCGACCCUCAACAUUCGAUAGAACUGCAUACAGAUGCCAGCUCAAUUGGCUAUGGGGCAAUAUUGCUACAUAGAAUAGACAAAAAGCCACAUGUCGUUGAAUAUUUUAGCAAAUGCACGUCACCUGCUGAAUCAAAAUACCACUCGUAUGAACUUGAGACUUUGGCAGUCGUCAAUGCCAUUAAACAUUUUCGUCAUUAUUUACAAGGACGUAAAUUUGUAGUAUUUACCGAUUGCAAUUCGUUAAAAGCUAGUCGUACAAAAUCGGACCUAUCACCUAGGGUGUAUCGAUGGUGGGCUUUUCUACAAUCGUUUGUUUUUGAUAUCCAAUACACAAAAGGAGAACGAAUGGCACAUGUAGAUUUUUUAUCAAGGAAUCCGCUGACUAAAGAAUGUAGAAUUGUGGAAAAAUUACUUGAAAAACGGGUUGAAUUAACUGAGCUAACUGAUAAUUGGCUAGUUUCUGAACAACAGCGUGAUCCUGAGGUAGCGGAGAUAUUAGCUAAGUUGAAAAAUAACGAAUUGAAUAUAAAAAAAUACAAAGAAACGGUAGAACCAAAUGUUUGCCCGUAAUCCCUAGGGCAUUUAGAUGGGCAGUAAUUAAUCACGUCCAUGAAUCUAUUAUGCAUUUCGGUUGGGAGAAAACGUUGGAUAAAGUCUAUGGAUUUUAUUGGUUCCAAAAUAUGUCCAAGUACGUUCGUAGGUUUGUCGAAAAUUGUA